UUUAUCAAAUUAUUUACAACUCUAAAUAUGUAGCAUACGACAAGCCAUUUUUAAAAUCUAUAAAACAAACAACAAAGUUGUUCAUAGUUUUCACUCUUUUUUGUCAUAGUCUGCUUUUAGGCGAUCUUAAAGUCACUAGAUUAACAAAGUACCGCAAUUUUGAUCUCAAUAAGAUAAGCUGGUGCAAAAAUGGCGUAGUAAGUAGUAAGUAGUAGUUGCUUCUUUGUUCAACCAAUGGUUGACGCUACUUUUUAGCGUCAAUGAGGCCGCAUCUUUAGGGAUCUAAGAGCAGGCCAUGGCGUCUCUCGUUUUUUGCUGAUAUCCAAUUGGAUAAACUUUUUAUCUGGACAACAUUUCUAAUAAUUUAUUAGCUUGCAUGCAAACUAGCACGAAAAAUUGUAUUAUAUAUCGAUAGCUUUAAACUGUGAGUACGCAUGCGUGGAGUUUAUGCCUCCAUUUGGAAAUAUGUAUUCGGGAAUGUAUACUAUGGACUCUGAGAGAACGGUAAAAGGAGCAACGUGAUUUCUGCUUUGAUCGAUUUGUAUGAGUGUCGUAAAAAUAGAAAAUAGAAGGGAAAAAAAAUCUUGUCGGUAUUUUCGCAUAUUCUCGACUAUUCAGAAGACAAGAAUUCAGCACCAGGUUAUAAUAACUUUGUCAAUCCGCUACUCGUAACCGCUUUCUAAUAAUUGCAUCCACGUUUGACAUUUGGUCAUUCGGAGCUUUUCAUAGGAUCACCACCUGGACACACGUACACGUAACAGUACGCAUCAAUGAUGACGAGUUGGUCGAGAAUUUUUCCAAGGAAAUCUAUCGCGCUUGCGAUUAGAUCUGUUCAUAAACUUAGAUACUCGAGUGAAAAGGUCGAAGUGCAUCGAGUGCGUGCCGAGCGCGUGUAAGCGUUCGUGUGUGUUUGAUAUAUACAAGAGAAACGCGAUUUCAUGCGAAUCAAGAAUGCGGUACUAUUCUAUUACGAUGCUACGAUGUACCUCUCGUUCCUGUAAAUUCAUGGAAUGUCUGUGAGACCGAUUAUUUAUAUAUUAUAUACAAUGUCAACACAGCUAAGCAUGCAAGACAAGAAAGAUUUGGAGAAAUUCACCAAAUACCUGGCGUUAAGAGCCGCCCAAAUCAUAGUGCAAUCAAGAUCGGGCCAGAAAGUCAAUACCAUGUGUAAACCGGAUUCCUCCGCCGGCGAUUGGGUAAAAUUUAAUCUGGCGAUAAAAGAGCUACCUGAGGUCUCAGCUGAUGCUAAGAGAGCGCUAUGUGGAGAGAUAGUAAGUUCAUCUGUACCUCUCUGUAUAGAAAUUUCUUUGAAAACAGUAGAGGGUGACAAGAUGGUUUUGGAAACUUGGAGUCUUGGUGUUCUGCCAGAGCAAAGCGAUCCAACUGUACGAGUAACAUAUACUGUGUAUAACAGAAUGGGAAUUUUAUUGAAGUCUUUGCUUUCUGUAUCAAGAACUGCACCUGCUUACAAACUAAGCAGACGUCAAGGGCCUGAUUCUUAUACUAUGUGCUAUCGAAUAUAUAUGGGAGAUCCACAGUUACACAAUUUAGGUGAUAAUUAUAAACAUAUGAGAGUAGGUCAAUUGUGUACCCCAGUGGGUACCAUACAUUUGUCAGUCUCUUAUAGAACAAAAAUGACCAUAUCGCCCACUCACAAAGGACGAGAUUCUAUUAUGCUUAAAAGCGAUCAUUUUCAUUCAGAUUUAAGUCCACGCCAUGCACGAUAUCAGCAGAGUGAGGAAACAUCAAAAUCUCUCAGCGAUACCAUCAAAGUUGGUGCAUUUGUGAUAAACAAACCUGUAAUUGUUAACGAAGAGGAUCUUGUGAUACCGGAUGUACCAUUCAGUUCCUUAUUGACACCCAAACAAACAUCGCCUCCUCCAGGAUCACUAAUGAAUCCGACAAAUACAAAGACUGCAACGGCAGGUGCCACAACUGAUAGCAACAACGGAAAUAAUGAAAGACUCAAUAAUGAUAAUACGACUUCGAAAUGCGCCUCCCAAAAUGGAUCUAGAAGGAGUAGUUGUUCAAUGACUAGUGCCAACGAUGAUUUUAUUAUGAAAACCCCCUUUGCCGUUACAAAUACUAAUAGCGAUGUAGGGGCGUUUUAUCGUGAUUGUCAAAGUGCACCGCAAUUACAAGCAUUCAUGGAAGAAAGAACGCUCGCAGAACAACUGGGAGAUCUCACUAAGCAAUUGGAAACAUUUGAGACUAAUAUGCAGCAUUACGAAGAUAUGUUGUCAUCAUUGUGUCAAACUGAAAAUAAUAAUUAAGGCUGAACUCUACUAGCUGGUUUAAGAAUGCAAAUUGUAUACAACUCUAUUGUAUGCAUAUUUAAUGUGUUAAGGUGAGUAUGCAUUAAGCAAAUGAAUAACGCGAAUGUUACAAUAUUUGUAUUUAUAUUAUUUAUUCGCUUUUCUCUUUCAUAUUGAGUUAGAUUGAUUACUUGUUACAUAAAAAAAUACAAUGUCGGAUACAAUAAUUACACAAGUUUUAUUGUAACUUAAUCUUGAGAAAAAAUAACAGAAAACCAUGAAAAAAAUAGACAUUAUUGAUAACAUAACAUAACAUAUAAUAAUACUGCAUGCACGCGGGAAUAAAGUAACAUAUGAAUUCAGAACAAACUGUAGCAAAUAGCGAAUAUGUAAUAAUAGUAUUCAUACUGUAUAAAAACAUUUUGAUGUAUCGCCUUAGAAAUUAAUUAAUCCUAACACAAAUUGAAUACUAGCAAAUGUUCUGUUUGCAUUUAGCCUCCAAACUUUAAUAAGUACUUUAAAGCAUUCGCUGUUUCUUUGCUCAAUGUAUGUCCCAUCUUUAGAUAUUGAAACCUAUUGCCUUUGUCAUUUAUGCGCGAAAUAAUUGAAAUCAUUGAAGAACUUUUAUUUUUAUAGUGAAUU